GUCGCUUUCACUUUUGACUGACCUUGACAUUGCUCUCCCGCUAAUCCUAGUUUAGCCGCCUCAGCGCUUAGUGCAAACCACACAAGCGCCCCAUACUACCCUCAACAACACAUGGAAACACACGUGUAGCAUUACCUGAACCCUCGACCCUUUCCUCUCCCUCUCACCCGAACUUCAUCCACAAUUCCCAUAUCCCCACCACCUUCUUCUUCUACCACUCAUUCUGUCUACCACCCAGCCCAUCCUCAAUCUUCGUCGUUUUGCUUUAUUGCACUAUCAUGCCCGGUAGCUUAGAAGGCCGAUAUAUUAGACUUGAAGUCAUCAGUGGAAAAAAUCUCAAAGUCCCUUCCGAGCGCAUUCUCGCAGGAAUCUACGUAUCUGUCGAUCUCAAGUCGGGCAGGCGCUGGAAAUCAGCCAUCGGUGUCUUAUCAUCCGAUGAAUCUAUAACGUGGCGCGAUACUGCGAACUUAUCGUUAGAUGCGUCGCCUAUGUUAUCAGUGGAGAUCAUGGCUUCCUUCGAGCUCGAUCGCAUGCUGGGUAAUGGAGAGGUUGUUGGAAAGGUUGAAAUAUCAUGGGAUGCGCUGCUCGAUCAUGGAAAUGAGCCUUUCGACAUCACCUUCCCGUCUGUUCGUGGCGUUCACCCUUCCCUCACACUGAAGGCCACGGUUCUACGUAAUUGCGACAAUCAGGACAGCGUCCUGUUUGACUCCAUCGUUGAAUGUCAGAUUGCUCAAAACACGGAUGCGGGCCAUGAACGAUUUGCCACAUACGUGACAAGCAAGACGGUCUCUCACCUGAACGAUGCUGUAAAGCAUUUUCAGUUGGUCCUGGACCAAUCGGCUCUCACCAACCUCGCGUGGGCCCGCCUUGAAGGCUACAUUCGAAAGGAUUUUCAAGACAUCGACUCUAUCAUUUCUCUCUUCCGCGAAGCCCUUGCAUUGCGUCCGCAGGGCCACCCCGAUCAUCCAUUAUCCAUAUAUCACCUUCUUAAAGCGUUGAUCUGGCGCUACAGCAAGGAGCGCACCGCCGUCUAUAUCCAGGAAUGCGCGCAACUGUCCUGCAAGCUAUUGCCCUCCUGUCCGGAGGGCACCUACCUUCGUAGCAUUGCGGCAGGGGCAAAUGGCGUCGAUUAUGUGAUCCGCGCAUGCAACAAUCUUCCAAUAGACGUAUCUGAUGAAGGCAUCCACCUUUGUCGAGUCGUACUCGAGCUCUGCCCUCUGGGCAACAAACAUCGUCCGAAAGCACUCAACAAGCUUGCGCAGGCAGUUGAAGCACGCUUUCACCAGCGUGGCACCAUUGAUGAUCUAGCAGAGAGCAUACAACAUCGUCGUGAAGCUGUUUCUCUGUGCCCCGAGGGACAUCCUGAACGCGACACCUACCUGAAUAACUUGGCCCACUCACUCUAUUACCGUUUCAAUCACCAAGGCAAUUUAAAUGACGUCAAUGAGGCCAUCUCUUUGUAUGAAGAAACACUGCGCCUGCGCCCUGUUGGGCAUAAAUCUCGUGAUAACUCAUUGAUCAGCCUAGGAGACGCCCUCCGCGUCCGUUUCAACCAAUGCGAUGAUGUUAACGACAUCAUCAGAUCCAUCAGCGUCCAGCGCGAGGCACUGACGUUGUGCCCGCCUGGGAAUUCAUAUCAUGAUAUCAUGCUUAAUAACCUUGCCCUCGCGCUCAAAACCAGAUAUAUGAAAUUGGAUGCCAGCGAGGAUCUCGACGAGGCCAUCAACAUCUACCGGGAUUCACUUCAGUUAACGCCGCAUGGCCAUCCACGUCGCCAUACAGCUCUUAACAAUUUGAGCUCGGCGCUCUGUUCUCGUUUCACGCAAACUCGGAAGAAUGAAGAUAUCGAGGAGGCCAUUGGACUCUGCCAAGAGUCGUUGGAGGCUUUGCCUUCACUGCACCCGGGUAGAUAUUUCAGCUACAUGCGGCUGAAGAAUGCCUAUGUGUUUCGUUACCGAGUGCAACACAACCCCGCCGAUUUGUCGCUCGCUGUAGAGAACUUCAGACUGGCGUCGAGGCAUCCUACUCAAGGCUUUCCGCGUCGAAUUGAAACAGCUCUGCGCUGGGUUCACACGGCUGAAAAUUAUCAACACGACUCUUCCCUCGAAGCAUACCAAACAUGUUUGGAGCUUUUGGACAACCAUGUGAUGACGCGGUCGUCGGUUACCUCACGGCGCGAGGCUGCAACCGCUUUUCGCAGCUCCCAAUCAUUGCCAGUAGAUGCAGCCUCCUGUACCAUUCGUCGUGAUGAUCUGCGACGAGCAGUUGAACUUGUGGAGCAGGGUCGUGGUCAGCAGUGGUCGCUGGCCUCUCAACUCAGGACUCCGCUGGAAGACCUGAACUCUGCAAAUGCGGAACUAGCUCACAAACUUGCAGAGAUCAGCAAGCGCCUGUCCGAUGCUCAGGGUUCGGUCGGCAGUGCUGACCGAGCUGCUGCUGAUCUAGCAGUGAUACAUUACAGGAGACUUCAAGAGCAGUGGGGAGCAGUGGUAGCUGAGAUCCGUAAUCUUAAAGGUUUCUCGCGGUUCCUGCUCCCGCCUUCAUAUGAAGACUUGCAAGCGGCAGCACGCCACGGCCCAGUCAUCAUCCUCAGUUGCGAGUCAAUACUUGUGCAGCGCCAUCGUUGUCCCGACCUCAAGAGUGACUUUGCCAGGGAGAUACGACUUGCAUCUUUUAUGCGUCCAGAGGAGACGAGGAAGGAAUUGCAAGUCCUCUUGCGGACAGUGUGGGACGAGAUCAUGCUCCCCAUCGUCAUCGCCCUCCAGCGUGAUCUCAGAGUAACCAGCGGCUCUCGAAUCUGGCUGUGUCCAACUGCAACAUUCACUUCCAUUCCUCUCCAUGCAGCUCACCCCUUUCGAACGAAAGCAGACGGACGGCGUGAACUAUGCCUGGAGGACGUCUACAUCUGUUCUUACACGCCGACACUUUCAGCUCUGAUAAGAUCUAGGCAGAUGAUGAAGAAACGUGCGACUCCGUCAUUCGUUGUAAUCGGACAAAGUUCACCGGGUGCGGGGCAAGGCAAGGCUCUCUUGACUGUUGACAGCGAGCUUGAGCUCGUCCGCAAGCUCGUCCCUGCGACGGCCAACACCACCACUCUCUCCGGUGAUGAUGCCACUCGAGCAGGUGCACUCAAUGCUUUGCAACGCAACGCCUGGGUGCACCUCGCGUGUCAUGGAAAGCAGGACCGCGAGCAGCCUUACUAUUCAUGUUUUGCCAUGAGAGACAAACCUCUGACGCUGCUGGACAUCAUGGAGAAGGACAUUCCUCACGCUGAGUUCGCAUUCUUGUCAGCGUGCCAUACCGCUGUUGGGGAUGAGAAGACACCCGACGAAGUCAUCCACCUCGCAGCUGGACUCCAAUUUUCGGGGUUCAAGAGCGUCAUUGGCACACUGUGGGUGGUCGACGACGCUGUCGCGAAACAUGUUGUCGAAGCUUUCUACAAGAACAUGGUCAAGGGUUUGGAGGAUGGUGAUAUGAUGGACUGUACGAAGGCGGCCUGGGCACUCAACCGGGCCACGUGCGCCGUGAAGACGAAAGUACCGCUCGAGCAGAGGAUGGUUUUCAUACAUAUCGGUGUGUAGUUCUAUGUCGCAUUGCUUUGAUAUGGUACAGUUCUUCAAGUUAUUCUCUUUCGUCUAUGCUGUACUUAAAGUUGUAGGAAUUACCAGUUUACCCUUUGUAUUGCACUCCCGUGCUCCAGCCAUCUUGUUUUCGCUUUCGUAGUAAUGCGGUAUCUUCUAGAGUCUUCAACAAAGUCAUUCGUUGCUCGAUG